AAUGGUCUGAGGUGUAGGAGAAAUGUCUUCAGUUAGUCCUGUGUAUUCUGAUAAGGAGAUCUAUAGAUACAUAGAUCUUGGACUGGGACGAGGUGUAGAUGCUACUGAUCCUACUCCUUGGUUGAAUAAAACCUCUUUUCAAGUCAGGCAGGUAACCAUUGAUAAUAUCAUUGGAACAGAUGAAGGAGGGACGCUGCAAAAGUUUGAAAAGGAAGUUUCCAGCGUCCGCAAGCAACAAAUGAAAAUGAAAGCAUCUGUUGUUGUACCAAAGAGUCCAGUUACGAUAUCAACUGAAGCAGAGUACAGCAGGAGUGCCCAUUCGAACAGAAGGUGCGUUGGGAAAAAAGUUGUGAAUCGAACAAUAUCCUUUUCUGAACACUUUAAUGACGUACCACUUGAGAGCGACGGCUCAAAGGAACUCCAGAAAGAAGCUCAGCAGAAGUACAUGACUUUUGAAGAACGUCUUGCAGAAUGGAUCCUCAAUAAAUUGAGAAUAGAAUGGGGAGAGACUUCAGUUCAACAAGAACAUGUUGGUCCCAGUCGUCCUCUCCAAGAGCUAACAAAAGUAAUUGAAAAAGGAGAUGAAAAGGACAUGAAAUUGAUUGCCAGGUCAUGCGAAAGGUUCGUGGAGUAUUUUCACAUCACUCAUUACGUCAAUUCCAUUCAACUGGGAGCAGUUGAGUAUCAAGUAAUGACACAGGGAGAGUACAACACAGCUGCUAGCAUUACCAGUAAAACAGGUGUAGACCAUGUCGGAAGUGCCUCGACUCAAGCCAGCUACAGCAGCAAGAAGAAGGAAUCAUCAAAGCAAGCAAAAUAUGUCGGAUUCAUUAAUAAGGAAAACAAAGUGGAGAAGGGAUCCAGUGAUGAAGCAGUCGUUGACGUAUCGAUCAAACCAAUAUCCACACUAAUAGCAUCGUCUUUCCUUCAUGCUUGCAUGGAAGCUGGACUGAGGAGGUACAUGGACGUACAGAGAGACAAAAGUGAUGGACCGUUUUUGAUUUCCUGUGGAAUUAAGCAAACACUCUAUCUUACGGUUGAUGACGAUCGUCAUGUUUUGCUAGCAACUAGUGACAUCAAUAAUGCUUCUGAGUUUAGUAUCAUCCCAAAUGAUGAUAAAAUGGGAAUAAAUGAAUUCUACAUUGUCUAUAUCAGGAAAAGAGAUGAGCCUCAAGUUAAAGAUUCGAGAGGAAGAAGAUAUUCUGUUCUUGCUGACUCUGGUGAUGAUGAUGAGUCUCAGGAUUCGACUGCACUCUACGUGGAUGCACCGUUGAGUGUAGUCUGGGGAGAGAAUCCUGGCCCUCUCUUCAUUCGUGAUGCUGUUUCACAAAAAACCAGUCGGUUUGCAUUAAACGAGAGAUUGCUCUCGGACAAAGGGACGGAGCCUGUACCUCUCGAGUCAUGGACAAGCGGAAAGGAAAUGUAUUACAUCACUUGCUCCAGGAGAGCUUUUCGCCGGAAUGGGUACCUUGCCGUUAAGAGACACCCUAGAGGUCAUGAAUAUAUCACGUGCUGCAUUCCUGAUAUCUUUAGUCAUGAUAACGAUUCCGUAUUCAUGUUGUUUCGAUUAAUUCCAAGACAACAGGAAUCCAUAUCUGAUAAAGAUCAAGAGGUCUCUGAUCAGCCAUUCCUCCCAGGAGAAACUCUAAAAUAACAAAAUGGAAUUUGUGUUAUUCGUACUCAUUAUUAGCUAGUGCUUUUGAUCACAUACAUGUACAUGUACUACUAACAAUAAUUAGCUCAAUAAUGUUUUCAUUAGCUCCGGAA